GACGCGUGAAGCCGGGAAUCGUAAGCAGACCAGCCGCUUGGAAUCAGCUGCACGCACGUUUACUCGGCUGAUGUAUAAACAACAUGCGAAAACAUCAGCUGCGCACACAUUGGCGACUGGGCUAAAGUUACACCAAACAAUUUUUCUUUAAGAAUUUUGCGUCUGUCAACGAAAGAAAAGACAGCAUCUUUUUUUCUUUCUUUUGCCCGUCGUCGAAUUUAGACGCUCGUCGUGUAUAUCCUCGCCAUAACCAGAAAAUUUAAAGUCAGCCGAAUUGAUAAAAUAGACGCCAUUUUGAAUCGUUGAUCGAGUUGUCUGUUUUGUUGUUUUAUAUAAAGAUAUAGUAGAGAGAGAGAGAUGGGCCUAUGGGGGAUCAUGAGAAGAAAGUUAAAAGAAACUGCAGUAGUACCAGAGAGCAAAGGAAAUGACUUUGGUGAAUUUUGAACAAUUUCUAUGCUGGCACGGCAGUUUCUUCUUUUCCUUUUCUUUAUUCUUACCCACUGGAGACUUUGAUCCACCCGGGAGACAAUAGAGACAUUCUGCGGCCAAUAUACGGAAUGGGGAUCCGGAUCCAUAAUGCACUCUGUCAUUCAAUCGAAUAACCAGGGUAUUGCUGGGGCAUCUCAACUUCGUUUCUGUGACUUUGUCUCUCGGUUCUUUCUUCUAGUGGAAAACGAUAUCGUCAAUUUGUGGUUAUCAUCAGGUACACAGAUUUGAAAAGUCUCUUCUUUGUCUAUUCUCCUAUCUUUCUCCAUUUUAUUUUCGAAUUUCAAACUUUAAAAAAGAAAAAGAAAAAAGAAUCCAAUGGGGUGGCAAGACCCGUUGCAACUGUAACCACGUCAUCUAUGCACGACAAUCGGAAGCUUUUCUUUCUUGCAUGUAUCCAAGCAAAAGGAAAAGAACGAUUUCUUCUAUGUAGAUUUAAUCUACACUUAUCGUUUCCAGCUCCACAUGCAUUUAGCUUCCAGCGGGGACCUUGUCAUUUAGCUCCCUUUUUUUUUGUACGACCGAUAUAAAAUUGCAGGGCAUUAUCCGAAUUGAUAAACGAGCUAUAAUAAGUCUAGAAUCUUAGAGUGUUACAAGACUUACCCAAAGGGGGACCAACUGCUAUUUAACCUAUAGGCACACAAUUCAGUCCAGUCAAAGGGGGGACCAAUUUCGCAGUUGAAUUGAUGUGUCGUGUGGUCACCAUGGCAACGCCGAACGAUUGUUGAGUCGAACUAUCGAACAAUUCUCCCUCCAUACCGUUAUUUGGUUAUAGCAUAUUCCUACACCUCCUCUAUUCCUUCCUUUCUUCCAUAUUCCCCGGUUUGGUACUUAAACAAAAAAGACUUUCUCGUCGUCGGUGUACCACCGCACAGAGGAGUAGUUGCUGGCAGCAUACAAUACGUCAAGGGUUUUAUCAGUCGGGCUCGUAACGACGACUACAUCGAAUGAACGACGGUCGUCUCCGGUUCCUCCUUUGUGAUUCCGUGGUUCACCUUCAUUACCGAAAACCCAAAUUACCAGCAGACACACCAACUCUUACCAACUAACUAACUAACUAACUAACUACUGUUACUAUGCGCCAGCGUGUUCUCAUCUGAUUAAUCACAGUUCCGCAGGGUGUGUGUGUGUGUGUGAGAGAGUGAGUGUCCAGGGAGUGGGGUGUGACUUCUUCCAUUGUAACCAAAAACGCUUCGGAUUAAACUUCAUCCGGAAAUGAAAGAGUCACAACUCGACGGUGCCGCAACAGCGUCGUCGCCUUCGGCCGGUGGAGUGGCUGGCGUCGAGGCCAUUUUCUUGAGCUCAGCUGAUGCGGAAGAAGGAACCGGUGGAGAGAGCGCGUCUAUAACGCAGGAGCUAUGGAGGCAGAAACACGCCCAACAGGAAGAAGCUGCUGUCGGGAAAAAGAAGAAAAAAGUCCCCAAGAAAGACAAGCAGAAAUCAGACGAGCAGACGACAAAGGACGCUGGUGACAGCAAACAAGUCUCAGUAUCGAACAAACACGGAGCUGGACAACGGACACCAGUUGCGUCCGAAUCGACGUCGCCAGGGAAACGAUCCAAACGUCAACAACAGCCCGGAAGAGGAGAAGUGAGCGGGGAAGAUGGAUCAUCGCAUCCAAACGUCAACGGCCGAAGUUCGUUACGAAAAACUCGUUCCGUCACGGAUGUGGACGGCGAGCGCGAGAGCCAAGAUUCAUCGGCCGCGUCCUCGGCCGCGGGCCGUCGAGGAGGCCGCCGGAUGAGCAUCUCUGUCGCCAACCCUUAUCAUCAAUAUUCAAUGGGGUCGUCGUCUAGAGACUCGUCCCGACGCAGCAGCGCGGCCAGUAUAGUCAUUUCCGUUUCUCGGCCGGACUCGCCGCUUCCGCACCUCAUCCAAAGGAUCGGCGAAGAAACUUUGUCCAUAGAAUUCCUGAGAAUCAGGAAAACGGCCAAGGCCAUUCAUUCGGCGUCAAAGUUCCGUCAUCCGCGCAUAAUCAUUCAGCCUCCCGAUGGAUCGACCAUCCACGCCAACAUGACGAGCGAAGAAACGGCCGCCAAUCUCAUCCGGAUGCACAAGGACAGGAGAAACUCGAUGCCGGCCAUUCCCCGAUUGGAAUUGAAGGAGGAAAACGAAAAAGAGGAGCGCAAACAGCAAAGAAAGCAGAGCAAAGACGGUAGAGCAGCAAACAAGCGAUUGUCCGAUGGCGGACAGACUCGGCGAAGUCGACGUCGACGCUCCAGCACUGGUUCCAGUAUUCAGGGUUUCUACAUGCCGGCCAGCAGACCAUCGUCGGCCAUGGCGGGAGAAGCCGGAGCCACAACGAUAGACCCCAAUUCUCGCCCUUCUUCUGCCGCUACAAUAGUCCAGUUGGGUAAAUUAUCAAGACCCUGGACGCCGGCACGUUCGCCAUCCCCUGGCUCUACUGGAUCCGGAAACAAUCGACAAGGCGCUGGAAGCCGAAACUUUUUCCGCAGUCGGACGCCUACUUCAAUGGUUGCCCCGCUGCAGGCUCUCAACAACAAAGUCAACAACAUUUUGGGCUGUGCUUCAAACAUUCUUGACUUUUACCACACGAGACCCGACAUCAAGAAAGAGCCGGACCACGGCAGACAACACAGACUUCUCAAAUCAACGAAAAUGAACGAAGCAAACGAUUCGUCGAAAUCGGAAAGAGACGAAACGGCCCAAUCGCGACUUAUCAAAUUCCGCAAAAAAGCCGGCCAGGGAAAUCAAAUUGAUAAGUUGAAGGAGUUGAAAGGGAAACUGGUCAAACCAGCCCGGUCACCCCAACCCGUCGUUCCGGCAGCCGAAACCGUUAAAAAGUCUGUUCAGCCGGCCAAAGAAAAAGAGAAACCGAAACAGCAGACGGGUAAAGGCAGCCAGAAAGAGAAGACGGGCUCCAAAAUGGGGCCAGCAAAACAGCCUGCCAAACCGAGCGAUGAAUCCGGUAAGAAACCAGAGCAAAGCGUCAAAACAGACAAGUCAGAUAAUAAGGACGGGUCCAAACCGAACAGUAGCACUAAAUUACCAAUGUUAGCAAAGGAGACGGCAGCCGCAAACGCUUUCGGCAAUCUGUUAAUGAAGAAAGAACAAAAAACGACGUUUGGAAAUCUGUCGAUCCCGGCCGGUGGUUCAGCCCUUUCUGUCAGUUCAGCAGUUUCUUCUCAAUCGUCUGGGACCAAUUCGGGAAAAGAUCGAGAAAAAGGCAUCCCGCUACUGAAAUCAAUGAUGGCCAAACCCAAAGCGAAAACAGCCGUAGCGAUGGCAGCUGCUGCGGCUUUCACUCCUUCAGCAGCCAAGCCGCAAUCCUUUAUGGCCAAGAACCGAAUCAACAAAGUCCUGAAAAUGGCCAAAACGGCAGGACUGGUGGCCCGCCGCAAGCCGAUCAAUAACACCGGCGGCCACAAUCAAUCGACGCAGAACAAUCAGAGCAAUAAUCAAGGCCCCCCGACACUAGUCAACUUCUUCAAACGGAGCAACCGCACGACCAACGCCGACAGUCGCAUUCCAAUCAAGUACGAGACGUUCACAGACAAAGAUCGAGCAGCAGCCGUCCUCCUGGGGGACGCCGACAUCAAAACGACGCUGGAAAAACAACUGAAAAGUGAAAGAGGACGUUACGUGUUGCCAAAAGAGAGUCCGGCUCAAGUGUAUCUGGCCCAAGCGGAUUUUGAGAUGCGCAUCGGCGGACUGGCGACGGCCAAGAAUUUACUCAACAAGGCGCUGGAACUGCAGCCGGGAGACAAGAACGCCUUGUGUGCACGGUCCCGUUGUCGACUGCAGAUGGGAGACACUAAAGGAGCGCUGGACGAUGCCGAAGAAGCUCUGAAUAACGACAGUACCUAUGUUAGAGCCACCUAUCAAAAGGGCGAAGUUCUCUACCAAAUGGGACGAUUCGAAGAGGCCCUGGUCUUUUAUCACAUGGGCUGUAAACAACGACCGGACAUGGACCUGUUCCAUCAAGGUGUUCGCAAGGCUCAAGAAGCCAUCGAAAUUUCUUUAGGAGUCAAGCAGCCAACACUGCAGCAACAACAACAAUAUCGCACCACUACGAUCGCCAGUAAAAAGACUACGCCGUGGGGCAAAGGGUCCUCUUCGUCUCGGUUGCCUCCGCUCAACGGCAACCAGAACCAGCCAUUGAAUCAGUUCAGUCAACAACUGCAGCAGAGACUAUGGCAAGGAGGGCCGACCUCUCACCGCGAGUCUUCUCUACUCGGAGACCUUCACGUGGACAAGAUCUACCUGGAGAGGUUGUUGGAGAACCCAGGGUUGCACAAUCAGAGCGUGUCCAGUCAGAAAAUCAUCCAUCACGCCAAGGAGACUCUCGAAUACCUCAAGGGCAGAGAGAAUUUCUGGAAGCAGCAGCAGCCAUCGCACAUUGUCUAUACAAAAGAAAGGACCAGGACCAAAACGCACCGACGCCGAAUUCCAUCGUCUCGAACCAAUUUAACAUCGACCGAAGACUCGGGAACAGACCGAGAUCAUCAACAGUCUGAAGAAGCCAACAGCAGCGGCAGCGGCAGUGGGAGCGGGACUGGGAGCGGCAGUGGGAGCGGGAGCGGCAGUAACAGCAGUCGAGUAGACGACUCGCUGUCGUCAUCAGAGACAUUAACUGAGCGAGAAGAAAACGAAACGAUUAUUGCCCGUUGCUCAUCCGAGGAAGUGUCGCGCAUUUUGGCCUCUGCCGUCGAAGAAGACGAGAACGAAAGGGACGGCGGUCGUAGCGGCGUCGACGACGAGGAUGUGGCCGAAUGGCGUCAAGUGAUCCAAGACAUGACCGAAAGCAUCGAGAAAGAGCAACUUGACCGUUGCACCCACGUCUUUCUGGCCAAAUGUUGCGGCUGGGCGGCGGAAGAUGAGGAAUUGACGGGCGAGAUUGAAGCCAAAAUGAGUUUGAUGCGAUUGCACGAAGAGCAGCAAAAUCAAUGCGGCGACGAGGGCAACACCAACGAAAAAAUGCAUCUAGCCAUCGAGAUUGCCGUCCUCUAUUUGGCCAACGGGCAACAGGAGCUGUCCAAAAGUUCAGCUCAACAGGGUUUGGCGCUGGCCGAAUUGACGGGCGAUGUCGGCGCUCUCCUGCAACUUUGGCUACUCUUGACGGCGGUGGAAGCGUCGACCGGAAAUUCCAUCGGCGUCAAAACCUGUUUGGCCAACGCUAGGCGGAUUUUUAAUGGGGAAAGUCUAAGCAGCAACCAAACUCUGUUGGCAGAAGAUGAACCUGCCAAUCCCGGAGAGGUCAUCAACCUCGAACAAGAGGAAGAAGAUGAGGAAGAAGGCGACGACCAAGAUGAGGAAGAAGAAAAAGAAGAAGAAGAAGAAGGCUUGCUCUUAGAUUGAGUGGGCCAUUCAAAAAUUGGCGCUGCAAAAAUCCAAGAGACACACAAAGGACUAGUGUGGGAACGCCUCGAGGUAUUAAAAAAAACGGUCAAUGAAAUUCAGUCGGUUCUUUUGUUUAAAAAGACAAGGCACCCCACCCAUCAUGCAAAGAAGGUCAUUAGAAAUCGAUUCAUCAUUCCAAAGUAUUUGAAUGCUCUUCGCCGAAGCGAGUCAAUGAAGCCAUCAGUGUACAUCGUUCCACAUUUUCUCACAAUCAAAUAAAAACACGUUUAUCACUCGCAAUCGGUUGCCCUCACAUCCUCCACACGAUCGUGCAACGACUCUUCUCUUUCCUAAAAAUACAUUUUUCCUAUAACUAAAUCUUUUGGUGAUCAUCAUGUUCCUAUUUCCCAACUCUCUUUUCUUAUUUAUUGAAUGGAAAGUCUUAACAAAAAUCCUUUUUGCUCGCACAAUAAACACCUGAACUU